CCCCACUUUACAGACCCCCGCCAAUGCAUGUGCCAGCCAUCGAGGUGCCUGGGAAACUUUUUAUACUAGCUGGGAAGAGGCUCCCUGAGGGACGAACCUCCAAUUUGGCCGGCCAACCCAACUUUAACCACCACGAACCUCGCUUCCGAGUCGACCCCAGGAGGUUUUCGGCGGGCGGCCGAAGCUUGACUUUCGCAAGCAGGUGCCGAAAAUGUACAACCGGUAUAUUCCCCCUCCCAAGCCGGCGAAGACCCCAUCUCAACCUGCGGCCGCUGCGUCUCCCGCGUCGUGGUCUUCCUCGAAGCCGUAUGCUCGCUACAUUCCGGGGCAAACACCGACAGAGCCACAACCACCAGCGCCUGCGCAACCGCAACGAAUUGUCUUCAACGAUGACGACUUUCCAGCGGCGAAGCCCAGCAAAAAUUCCCCGGUAAUAAACGGGGAGCACGCGGCGACAAGCGAGGGCGGGAAGGAAGCAAAGUCGAAGAAAAGACGGAGAGAUGAGACAGAUGAGGUAAUUCAGGGGGACCCUGCUGAGUCUAGUCACGAGCAUCAACAGGCCGCAGAGGAGCAAGUGCCAGCGGCCGAAGCAAAGCCUCCCACAGAAGACCAAGAACGGCGGCCGAAACGGGAAAAGAAGAAGAAAAAGAAGCAACCCGGCAGCCCGGGCGUCGGGGCCGUCGACGACGAUGACGACGCUAUCCACAAGAGGCACAGGUCCGUGUUCGAAAAGGUUCAAAGAUCGCUGCAGAUCCAGGCCUCUGUCGCCAAUGUUGAUGCGGACGACAAGGAGGAUGGGGCGGCCGAGGAGGAGGCUCCCGAAGCCGGGAUCGAGCACGGGCUCGAACCGCUGCCCCAGCCAGAACCUGUCGUGACCGGCGAGUCCAAGGCGACAUACGAGACUCUGCCGCGCUGGCUUGCGUUGCCAAUCAGGGUCGCCGCCGACAAGACCCAACCGUUCACGGCGUUGGGCAUUGCCCCGGAGUCGGCAAAGAUACUAGAAUCCAAGGGCUUCAAGCAUGCGGUCGCGGUGCAAACCGAAGUGCUCCCUCAGAUCUUAUCCCCACCCGAUAGGUACGGCGACGUUGUUGUCGCGGCGCCAACUGGGUCCGGCAAGACGUUGUCGUACGUGCUGCCGAUAGUGAACGACAUCAGCAGAGAUGCUGUGACGAGGCUGCGAGCACUGAUCGUGCUGCCCACGCGAGAUCUCGUCCAGCAGGUGCAGCAGGCUUUUGAGACUUGCACCCGCGCGUUUACCGCCAACGGGGGCAGGCGGGUUGAAAUUGGGAUCGCUGUUGGGAACAGGAUGUUCAAGAAUGAGCAAUCCGCCAUCAUGGACUUUGAACAGAAAUACGAUCCGCAGGGUUACCAACGCCAUGCGAAGAAGCGUGACUUGAUCGUCGACCUGGACGACUGGGAAGCGGAAGACAACCCGCUGGACGACUUGGAUGUUGAACGGGAGCGGCCCCAGCCUCUCCCGUACCACGUCAUUGCUUGGAAGUCCAAGGUUGAUGUCCUCAUAUGCACUCCCGGGCGGCUUGUGGAGCACAUCAACAAGACGCCCGGGUUCACGCUCGACUACGUCCGCUGGCUGGUCAUCGACGAAGCCGACAAGCUGUUGGCACAAGACUACCAGCAGUGGUUGGGCACGGUGCUGGACAAGCUCGCUGUCGAGAAGCCCGGGGCUCGUGAGUUCAUGACAACGAAGAACAGCGGUGUUCGGAAAAUCAUACUCAGCGCGACUAUGACUCGGGACCUCAGCCUGCUGAACAGGCUGAAGCUGUCCUGGCCGAGACUCGUUGUGGUUGAGGGCACAAAGGCAGGCGAGCAGACGCUGCCGGCGCUGCUGAGGGAGUUUGCCAUCAAGAUCCGCGAGCCGAGUCUCAAGCCGCUGUACUUGGUCGACCUGCUCCGGAACAAGCACAUGGCUCCUGUCAACCAGGACUACGGAGUCGAGUGCUCGGCAGGGUCGGAAACGGGCGAGUCGGAGAUGGAGUCGGAGUCAGACUCAGAGUCAGAUUCAGGCUCGUCCUCUUCCGAUUCAGACUCCGACUCGGAUGCACCUUCAUUCUCAUCUUCGUCGCGCGUCGACGCCGACGAACCAUCACCCACCAAACGCAAACCAUCCCGCACGACCACGGCAGAAGCGCCCAAAUUCGCCACGACAGCGCUCAUCUUCACCAAAUCCAACGAGGCCGCGCUGCGGCUCUCGCGGCUGCUGGCGCUCCUGGCGCCGGACCUGGCGCCGCUCAUCGGCACGCUCACGUCGUCGACCAACACGUCGCGGCGGGCGCGGGCGCUGCGGGCCUUCGCGCAGGGCCGGCUGCGCAUCCUCGUCGCGUCCGACCUCGUCUCGCGCGGCAUCGACCUGCCCAACCUCGACCACGUGGUCAACUACGACCUGCCCAUCACCGAAACGUCGUACGUGCACCGCGUCGGGCGGACGGCGCGCGCCGGCCGGCCCGGCUGCGCGUGGACGCUGCUCGAGCACGCCGAGGCCCGCCGGUUCUGGCGCGACUUCGUCGGCGAGGGCCAGGGCGCGAGCACCAGCAUCGUGCGCGCCGGCGUGGUGGAGAGGUUUAGGCUGCAUGAGCGGGAGGAGGAGUUUGCGGAGGAGAGGGUGCGGCAGUAUGAGGCUGCCCUCGAGAGCCUCGCGAGGGAGGCGGCCGGUGGUGGGGAGGGCAAGGGGAGGAAGUGAGUGGGCGAGUGAGCAGUUCAAUCCCAGUGCCAGUUGGGGGCGUCUCUGCACCGAGCUAGGAUAUACGGAUACAUCUGAGGGGAAUGCAUCUAGAGGUAAUCUCGUGAUGGAAGUCUAAAUUCCGACAGUUUCCCUCGCGUUACAGGCAAACCCUGUGCUUGCGGCUCUCCGUCAGUGUAGUCUAAGCCAGCGUGGAAAUAGGGGCAGGGACACGCUCCUCUGCACCAGGCAUUCCAUGUUCUCCCUCGAGUUCCACAGUACCUCGGUAACUCAGGUAAACGGAGUAGUUACUGGCCUGCUGAACAGAUCUACGUGAGAAGCACGACUUUUGCACUUGGGAGACCGCAAACCUCGCGUCGAUUGAACUUGGCCCCUCCGAGACUCGG